AUGAACGAUCAACGUUUCAUUUUGAACCCCUUCGGGGAGCUCACGCUCACCGCUGAAGACCGCGCCAGGCUCGUGGAGAUCACCGAUGAGAUCAUCAUGGCCAAGUUCGAGGAGUACGAAGAGCACCUCAACAUCGGCAAGCAGGUGGGCCUCAAACGUUGGAAGAAAUUCGCCAAGUCGGGACCUACGACGACGUAUCUCGAGCGCAAGUCUUCGACUCCGAAUACUAAACUCCCCCAGCUGCUGAUGGUCGGGCCACUCCCUGGCACACUCGACGAGAACAUGUUUGGCAUCGUCAACCCGACGAUCGAGUCUAUGAGGAUCAAGUCAUCGUAUUUGAGUGACUUCAACGCUGCGGCUGUACUCGCCACGGUAGUUGAGCCCACUGUAGACGACCCGUUCCGAUCGGUGAUCGUCAAGUGGAUGGAGAUCGACAUCCCACUUGCGUCAAUUGGGCUCGUGCGCAAUCGGGACUAUGUCUACGUCGAGAGUACCGGUAUCCUUCAUCUUCAAAACGGUGAGCGUGUGGGCUACCACUUGUUCCACUCUGUAAACUUUCAAGAAGUCCACGAGUUACCGAACCGAGUACGUGGUAACAUGUCGUUCUGCGGUAUUUUCCACCAAGAGGGUCCGGAUAGAACGGACUGUCGCGGAACUGGUAUCAUGGACCCUGGUGGUGACAUGAUCCGGGCCAUGGCUGUCAUGGGCAUGGUACAAGCCACAAUGGCUGGCUUGAAGUACUCCUACUGUGGUCAGAUGAAGAAGUUAACGUGGUUACUGGAGCAGAAGCAAGGAGAAGCUCGUGAGAGAGGUACACCAGCCUUCAAGCCGUUCUGUGUGACGUGUAUGAAAGGAGUCAAAGCGUCGAAACUGGGUGGCGGAGUUGCGACUUGCAAGCUUUGCUUUGGAGCUGUGUGCAGCUCGUGCAAGAUUUCCAAGAAGCUGAGCUUUAUUGCCCCAGAUUUGAGUCUAACCCAGCGCAAGGUCACAUUUUGCGUCAAGUGCGUGGUCGAGGCGACACAAAUGGAUACACAAGAGGCGGCUCGAGAGCAAUUUGUAUUCAGGAAAAACGCCUCACCCCCGAUGUACGGAAUGUCUGCUGCGUCUGAUAUGAGUACAUGCUCGGAGAGCACGAUGACCUCGGUCACCGGGUAUUCUGGUCAUUCUGGCUAG